AUUGUUUGUAAGUCGUCAAACUAUGUACACGUAGAAAAUUAUAUUUAUUUGAACAAAAUGUUUUUCCUCUGUUUUUAUUAUUAUGAAAUUAUUGUGUAGGAUAAAUUAAUAAUGUUUAGAAUCGAAUCAUAUAUUACAUCGAUUAUACUGAGUUACGUUGAAAAAUAUGUGAAAAAUUUAAGGCGUCAAGAUGCUCAAGUGUCAUUAUGGGAUGGCGAAGGUCUAUUUCAAAAUCUGGAGCUGGACUUAGAUGUUUUAGAAAAAGAGUUAAAUUUACCUUUUAUUGUGUUAAGUGGUCAUAUAAAUCAAUUGUUAAUUCGAGUUCCAUGGACUAAAUUAGGAUCUGAAGCAGUUAAAAUUACUAUUGACACAAUCGAAUGUGUUUUAAAAUUAAAAACUCCUCAGCAGAAGAAUACUAAAAAAAAUGACAAGAGCUAUAGGGCAAGUACUGAUUAUGAUGAACUACCACCUCCAUCAUAUGUCCAGAGUUUAAUUAACAAAAUUAUUGGAAAUCUAUCUGUAACAUGCAAUAAUGUAAUUUUAAAAUAUAUUGAAGAUGAUAUUGUACUUUCUAUGAAUAUAAAAUCAAUUACUCUAGAUUCGUGCAAUGAAAACUGGAUAGCUGAUAUUAUAGAAUUAACACCAUCUCAAUUAGUUUUAAGGAAAAUUAUAAACCUGUCAGAUGUAACUAUUUGCUUGGACAGAAGAAAUGCUUCUGGAUGCAUAGAAACAUACUUAGAACCAUUAUUGUAUAAAUGUUCAUUAUCAAUUCGAUUAUGUCGAAUGUUUCGGUCUCCUCAUUCUGCUCGACCAUUUACUACUCAAAUGGAUUUGUUCUGUUCAAAAAUCGCAUUUAUACUUACUGAACCUCAGUUACCAAUGUUUUUGAGAUUGUUAACUAUGAUAUUAGAACUUAAUGCUGCUGAUGCUCCAGAAACAAAUACCUGUCUUGAUGAUGAAUCUUACAAUAGAAGCCCUAGUAGCUGUAGUUCAAUUUCAGAAACAAAUAUAGCCCAUAAUGACAGUUGGGUUGAUUGGAUGUGGAGUUGGGUACCAAAUGUUAAUUUAUCUAGUGAAGUUAAUGAACUUCCUUUCAGUUCUGAAGCCGCUGUAAGCGGCCAUUCAUUAAAUACUGGGAUAUAUAUUGAUACUCUUUUAUUUAUCUUUAAAAUCAAAUCCACAAAGAAAUUAAAUGACUAUAGACCGUUACUGCAAAUUACUUUGAGAAGUUCUUUGCUUGAAAUGGUUUCACAUCCAUUAGACUGGAUAAAUGUACAAUUUGGUAUAAGUAAAGCAAGCAUAGAACCUCUGGGAGACUGUACUUGUGGUGCUCAGGAUUGUUAUACGAAUACUUAUUUUUCAUCUGGUGUAUUACAAGAUUCAUACUUAUUAAAAUCAUUAUUUCGAGAAAACAUAAAUAUUAAUGCUUUUAAUGAUAAUAUAUUUUCAUUUGAUCAUCAUCUAAAUCAAUUUAGUGAAACAAUCCUCUUAGAAAAAACCUCUGCAUUUGCAGUCGACUAUUUAUUCACUCAGAUUUCCAAUAUAAACCAGCACAAUUGUGAUGAAAAUCCAGAGAAUUAUUCCACGUCUGAAGAAAAAUGUUUAUUAAGAUUUGUUGCUGGACCAAGUGUUUUGAAUGUGUCAUCAGGACUCAUUCACAGAGUUGAAUUCAUUUACAAAUUAAUUCUUGGUCAUGAUUUAUUUUUAUUCACUACUCUUCCACAAUCUUCACGUUUGGAUAUUGAUGAAAAACUCAACACUUUGAAUAAUCCUAAUAUUCAAAUUAUGGUGUAUCAGUUUACAAUAUUUAACCCUACAGUCAAAAUAUAUCCUGCUUGUCAUGUACCAAUACCAUCAUCUCAAAGACACAAAAAAAAUCAAAAAAGCUGUUUGAAACAAUUUGAUCCUGUGUUUAAAAACCCACCAAUAGCUAUUUUUGAACUGAAAGUUCUUGAUGGUCGAAUUGUGAAACCUAAAAAAAAAAUGAAAUGGUCUUCUAUACCACAAAAUAUUACAGAAGAAAUAAAAUCACUAAUGAAAAUUAAAACUAUAUUUAGGAUGAAAGAUUUUGUUAUAAAAAUUACAUUUUCUAGUUUCACUCAUAAGUUGAUAAAAAUUAACAAUAUAGGAUUUACUUCUACAGUGGACUGUAUUACAAAUUUUAAUUCUGAUUGCUUACUGGAUAUUGAUAUAAUAAGUUUUACAACAUCAAAAGAAAAUUAUUUAUUGAUAUAUUAUAUAAUUAAUUCAAUAAUUAUGUCUAACCAUCGAAGGCUUUUACAUGUUAAUCAUUAUAUUUUUAAAUCAUCAUUAUUAAAUGAUGCCCCAGGUUCAAUUGUAUUGAAAUUUAAUUUGGAAGGAGCUAAAAUAUAUUAUAAAUUAGAAAAUCAAAUAUCUUGCAUUAAAACUAUAUUGAACAAUAUUAGUGCAAAAAUGGUAUUAUACAAUUCAUUAAGUAAUAAACAAAGUGCUAUUUUAGUGUCGACCCCUGAAUUUAUUAAAAAUGCAAUGCCAUUCCUUCAUGUAAUUCUUCAAUUGACAGAUAAAAUAGAUUCAAAUGACAUGCCAUUAAUAUAUUUAAAAGUUGGCAAAUUAGAUAUGAACUUUGAUCCAAUGUUAUUUGAUUGGCUAAUUUACAUACCUGAAAUGUAUAACCAAAAAGAAAUAAAGAAGAAAAAUUCUACUUCUGAUUUAGCAUUUUUUAGUGCUCCAAGUCGAAAAAUAUCAGAAACUAGCAUUAGCAGUGAUAAAAAAAAAAAGCCCAAACCAUCUAUUCAAAGUAGUAUUUCAGAAAAUAUUUCAUUUCAUUCUGCUAAUUAUAUGCAUUUAAAAAUUGAAUCUAAAGAAAUGAAAAUCUUACACUUAUUCAACAAAUGGAAAUCAUCAAUGGUUUUUGUUGAUACAUCAAAAUUUGCUUUAUAUUUUCCUAGCAAAUCAUUAUCAAUGUUGGAAAAAUCACCAAGUUGUAAGGAUUUCAACCUGAAAAAAUUAAUUGAAAUGUCAACCAAUAAUGGAAAUGGAUUAUUGGUAUUUAGAAUAUCAAAAAUUUCUUUAAAUUGUAUUUUACCAAAAAAUCAAAUAGAACCAUAUUUAAAUACUACUCCUGUACGUUUUCCUAAUACAUUAUGGUCACCUGGUAAUGUGUAUUUUCCGUGGCAACUAAACUUUUUAAAAUUAGAAUGCUAUACCAUUCAUAGCUCCUACGAUAUUACAUACCAAAGAACUUAUACGCAUAAAAUACAACUAUUGUAUCCUUUUAGUGCCCAAUGCACUUUGGCUAUUACAACUCAGUAUCAUGAUAAUAGUAUAGAGUCAUUAAAAAGUUUAGCUGCUUGUAUACAUUGUGAUUCCGAUCCAGUAUCUAUUUGUAUAUCAGAACAACAAGUGCGACUUGUUGCUGAUUUAUUGAAAAAACAAAUUGAAGUAUACAAGGUGAUAUUUUCAAAUAUUGAGUAUGGAACAUUUUUUAAUCGAUCUGUAGCUCAUGAAAUGUCAUCUAUUCCUGAAGAUGAAAUUGUUGAAUCCAAAAUACAAGCAUUUGAUAUUAAAAAAACUAAAGAAAAUAUAAAACUAUCUGGUUGGUUUCAAUGGACUUUAGCCCGAUUCUCAUUGAUUAUUAAAAAUAAUCCAGAACAUAGUUCAACAGAAAAUGUUAAACUUGUAUUGGACUUAGAGGAUGUGAUUAGUUCAUUAGAUUUUGGAGUCUCAUAUCACAAACUGAAAUUGAAAAUAUCUUCUGCAUCUAUACAACACUUUGUUAAAAAUAUCAAAGAAGAGCAAUGGAAACAUGGACCAUAUUUAGGUCUUAUACUUAAAGGUUAUGAUCCAUUAAAUAACUCAGAGAAAUCAAAAACUGAUGGUUUUAUAAAUUUUACACUAACUAGAGCUUUUAAAAGUUCUUUUCAAGGGCCUAAGUUAAAUAAAGAUAAUACAUCUUUAUACAUGGUUAGUGAUGAAAUGCUUAAGUUAAAUCAACAAUUAAUGGAUGAUUAUAUAAUGGAAAUUGUAAUCAAAGUGCAACCCAUUGACAUUGUUAUAUCUCCUUUAAAUCUUCAUACAUUUUUGACAAUUAUUGAUCCACUAUUAGAAAUAUUUAUUAAUUCGGAAUAUAUAUUAAAUCCUUCAUCAAACUCUCAUGAUAUGUUAGAAUCAACAAAAGGAUUAUUUGGUUCAACAUUACCACUGUUUUACUUAGAUAUUGCAUUGUUAAGAAUUUUUAUACCAAUUUCAGUACUAGAUUAUAAAAUUGAAAAUCAUGAUACAGUCAUUAUUCAGGUUAAUUCAGUAAAAAUAAAUCAAAAUCCUGAAAAUCCUAUUGCUCGAACUCCACUCAGGAAAGAUUUGUAUGCUGAAGCUGAAAAAAGAGGAUUAUUGACCAUUCCUGGUUCAAUAGUUGAAGAUCGUCAAUACCAAAUUAUUAUUAAUGGGUUUUCAAUAAAAACUGGAUUUUGGAUUGAUUUUAAACAAGUUUUAAAAUUUUAUCAAGCAUCAUUAACUUUGGAUACUGAUCAUCAACCAAAUGCUGCAUUAUUAUGGAAUGAAGGAAAGCGACCUAGAUCUAUGGCAAAUUCAAACAUUGAUGAAAUUAAUAUGUUAACGUUGUUUUAUGAAGUAUCUUUUCACUCUGUUUUUGCGCCUCCAAUUAUAUUUGAACCAGAAAAUACAUUGGUGUGUAGCAGUUGGAUGGAAGUGAAUACAUUAAAUGAAAUAACAAUCACUUUAUCUGUAGAACAGCUAUAUUUAUUGAAUAUAUUAGUUUCUCAAUGUAAUGAAUAUAUAUUAAGUCAUUUAAAAACUAAUUACACUCAAUAUGUACCAAGUGAAAAAACACAACCAAAAUGCAUAAAUGAAUCAUUGACUCAUGAUAGUUGUAUUCAGUCUACAGAAUAUAAUAAUAAAUAUUUUGAUCACGACAACAGUUUGAUAACAACGGCUGACAAUAAAAUUAAUUCUCAGUCAAAUGCAUCAAUUUUUACUAAAAAAGACUCUAAUACCAUAAAUAAAAUUCCAAUUGAUAUAAUCAUCACAGGAAAUCAAAUCAAUUUAAAUUUUUUCAAUUACAUUGUGAAAAACGAAAUAAAAAUUUCUGAACCUUUAAUCUUUAUUGUUAUUCAUCAACCGCAUGUAUUUUUUUCUCUUUCUAAUAAUUCUGAUUCUUGUCAAGUAAUAUUCUUUGAUCUAACAAUGUCAUUGGCUCCAAAAAAUAAAAUGUAUGAUAUUGAAGUACCCGAUUCCAAAAUUUAUUCUGUAUCUCUGUUUGAAACUAAGUCUAACUCAAUGGAUGAAAUUCCUCUAGCAUUUUUUACAUUGAAAAUUUCCCGUCCGAUUACAAUUGGUCAAUAUAAAGUUGAACUUAUAUUAGGAAGAGCAAUUUCAUUGUUAUUAAAUAAAUAUAAAAUGGAUCACUGUUGUAAUUUAUUAGAUUUUAUUAAACAAAGUUUUCAUACAUGUCCUCUGCCUUAUGAAGCAACAAAAAAUGAUAAAAAAUAUAAUCUUUACACUGAUCCAAAGCCUAAUGAAAUUUUGAAUCAGACUUUUCAAAUUGACUCUAUUGUAUCUCAAUAUGAAACCGAUAAAUUUGGUUUGCAUAAUUACGAUGAUACAAUUAUUGAUUCAGUUGAUGAUAAUUUGAGUGAAACUAAUAAGGAAAUGAACACAAAAAUAAUUGAAAUACCAGUAUUAUUGGUAAAUGAACAUUUUUGGUACUCAAAACCAAUAGUUAUGAAUAUAUCAACUCAACAAAUAUUUAUUAAACUAUCCACAGAAAAUAAUGAUAAUAUUAUAUUUAGUAUUGAAAGUGUACUUUCUAAAAUACAUUGUUUAUGGAAAAAACCAUCAGAACGUAUGAAUGGUGAAAUAACAAUGAACAGUGUAACAAUAUCUAUUGGACAUAAUUAUUCAAAUUCCAGUGCAAAUGAAUUGAUAUUACACCCAUGUACAAUGACUUUAGAAAUUGUCUUGUCAUCAGAUCCAUGGGUUCCAGCAAUUUUGAGACCAACAAAACAAAUUAAAAUACUUACAGAUUAUAUCUCAUUUCAUAUAUCUCCAGUUAAUUAUAAUACAUUAAAACUGAUAUGGAAUGAAUAUAAAUAUUUAUUGGAGUACAAUAAAAAUGCAACAACAAAUUUAAGUCAAAAUUCUGAAUCUGACGAACAAUUUUAUCAAGAUGAUCUAAGAGCCGGAGCUUUUCAAUUUUUGGAAACAAAUAGUUCUGAUUUACCUUUGCCUUAUCAAAUUUUUUUUUCAGAAUAUUUUUCCAACGAUCCACCUAAAAUAACAUGGCGUUAUCCUCAACCUCGAAAAUUGACAAAGAUUGAAAUACAACCAGUUCCCAUAGAUAUGGAUAUGGACAUUGAACUUCAUUUGCAAUGGUAUGAUGAGAUACAGAAUUGCUUUAGAGAACAUACUAGUUUCAUAUUUCCUAAAUAUGAACCUAUGUUAUUGAGACUCGAAUCUUGGCAAGCAGUUUCAAACACAUGGCAAAUAAUUAUAAAUAACUCAUGUACAGUUCACUCCCAGUUUCAGAUUAAAAGUUUAGUUGGAUGCCUUAGAGUCGACUCAUAUUUCUCACCAAACUUAGUACCACAGUUACAGUUUUCAUUAUCAGCAUCUUCAAUUAAAGUAAAUAUUUCAUAUGAUAUUCAAAAGAAAUCAUAUGUGCCAAGAUAUGAUUGUAUUUCUGAUGUUCCACCAAAACAUACACUAGUUUUUUUUAUUUUGGAUCAAAUAAACAUUGGCUUCAAACUUCAAGAAGGAGAAAUGAAUAUUUCAGCUCAAUCACAUGUAAAAAUUGAACUCUUAAACUAUGGUACAUUAACACAAAUUCCAAUUUUAAAAUUGUUUUUUUUAUUUACAAGUCAUCAUGUAACAAAACCAAUACCUGAUAUUCAAUACAACAUUCAAACUGGAGCUAUUACAUGUCAAUUUGGUCCAAGUAUGAUUAACUCUUUGACUGCAGCAGUACAUCUAUGGAAUAAUCAUUCAUAUUUUAUAACUAUGCCAUAUAUUAUUUGUAAUGAUACCAAUUUCAAAAUAAUAUUUGGUCAAGAAACCACUAAUGAAAUUAUCACUCUUGAUAGUUUGCAAUCCUAUCAAUAUACAUGGCGAGUGCCUACUGAACAUCCUCGCAUACGAAUUAGUGUUGGAAAUAUUGACAAUUUAUCUUGGAGUAAUGGAAUAAGUUUACAUCCUGAAACUUUAAUGUCAUUUAUUGUAAAAAAUCAUAAAGGAAAACCUCAUAUAUUAAUAUUAUCUAUAACAAAUAUGACGCCUUCUAUCAUAAAAGUCACUGUAUCCAGCCAACUGAGUAUUUUAAAUAAAACAAAUUAUUUAUUGGAUGCUCAAUUUACUAAAAUUAAACAAAUUGAAGAACAAAAAGAUAGUCAUCAAAAUUUGGUCUUACAAACUUUAUCUAUUGCUCCAGAAAACUUUUCUCCAUCCAUAAUGUUACAUAAUGAACUAAAAGUUACACUAAAAUUACGGUUUUAUACCCCUAAUCUUGAAGGCCCUUGGUCUGGACCAAUCCCACUGCAUGCAGUUCAAACAGUUAAUGGAAAUCAAAAUUCUUGGCUUGUUAAAAUUCCAAUGAAAGAUAAUAUGAAAAAAUACCGUAGUAUUUGGUGUCGCUUGAUCAUUGAAAAUAUCAAUAAAAUUCCUCGUAUGUUGAUUUUGUUAAUGCCAAUGUAUGUUGUUCGCUCAUAUUUACCCUAUGAUACUUUAUUAAAUUUUAAUUUAGUUGAUAGUAAAUUAGAACAAAACACAAUUAUAAGAGCCAAAUCUGCCAUCACAUUAGAUGAAAUACAACAUCUUGAUUUGCCUGGCACGAUGAAAGAUGUUUAUAAUUUAACUAUAAAAUCAAAUGAGGAUUCUUUAGCUUCUACUCCACCAGUAUCUGUAACAUAUCAUAUGAAUAUUGAUUUGCCUGAAUUAAUAAAUGAUAGUUAUUUUACCAUUGAAGAUAUUUUUAAUGGAAAAUAUUCAAUUAUGGAUUCUGAUCUCAAAUGGCCAUUUAUUGGUAAACAAUUUUCAUGUAUAAAAUGGAAACAAAGUGAUUUACCAGAUACUCAAACUACCGUUAAAGUUCAACAUUAUGGACAUCUCGAUCCUAGUAAUGGGUUAAGUCGCGUUAUUAUUGUUCAACCCUGGGCAUUGAUAGUUAAUACAUCUGGUCAAUUAAUAACAUUAUGCAACUCAACUGACAUACUUUGUAAUUUAGACCAGUUUUGCGUUGUAGCACCUCCAGUUAUCAAAUAUACAUUUUAUAUCGAUCUGAAUAUUGGUUGUACGACUUAUCGUUCACAACCACUUCAACUUUGUAGUAGUCAGUCAUUCCACAUGCCACAAGUCAACGGUUUGAUUCCAUUAAAUGGUCAUACAUCUGUUGUUAUUAACUGUAAACAUUAUAUUGGUUAUUUAAACAUUUGUUCUUUGGAUCAUAAUAACAUGAGAAUUAUUCAUAUUCAAAGUUCAUAUAUUGCUUCAAAUCAUAGUUCAAUAAAUCUAAAAGUAUUAGCUGUUUGUGCUAAUCCAUCUUCAGGUGUAUUAGAUAUUCCAAAAGACAUUGAUGAGAACUCGGUUGAUUUGCCUAAAAAUAUUAAUGAACUGGGUAAACCUCUGGCUUUAUGGACAUUAAUUGGUAGACAGAACACAUCAAACGAAGAAUUAGUUCAGUAUAUAAUACUUAUAUCUGAUGGUAAUAUUAGUUGUCCAAUUAAAUUAACUGAACUAAUAAAUGAAGAACGCCCUUUGCCUGUUCUGUUUUCAAGUUGUGUUAUAAAUCCAUUGAUUUGUGUUACACUGCAAGAGUUAAAUAAUCAAUAUUUUUUUACUGUAUAUAAUCAACCAUAUCCACAAUUUAUUCUUUACAAUCAUUGUCCAGUAUCAUUGAAUCUUACUUUAGCAAAAAAAUCUAAAUCUAAAGAGCCAAAGCCAUUUUCAAUUGAUUGGAAUUGGACCUACAGAAUAACUUCUGGGAAAAAAGCAUAUUUAUCUUUUCCACACUCAGUUUCAUGUAUACAGAUUCCUAGAGUAUUAAUUGGACUUGAUAAAAAACCUUUUAAAGGUUGGUUUGCAAGUAUAGAAUUAAGUGUUUGUGAAAGCAGAUUAUUACCAGUACCUGGUCAAAUAAAUGAUAUAAAAGUUUUAAUUACAAAGAGAGCAUUUACAUUAGAUGUAGUCUUUAAACCAGCUGCACAAUUUGAAUUUUCAGCUAAUGAAGUUCGGUUGAGAUUAGCUAAAAGUGAUAAAUUUGAAGAUAAUUUAUCAACUAAUAACAAAAUUCUGAAUAAUGUAAGACAUGAAACAUUUCGAAAUCCUACAAGUUCUUCCCAAAACUUAGUCUCUAAAUCAAAAUACAAACUAUGGCCUUCAAUAAAAUGUCAUAUUCAUACGUUUAUAUUCACAUUAUUUGUUGAUGACAUUGGAUUCAGUUCAAAGGCUGUAAUUUCAAUGACAUUAGAUAACAUAGCAGCAACCUUAGAUGGAAAUCAAGAUGCUUCAAAAGAAGAAAUGAGCAUAAUUAUUUCAAUAAAUAAUAUUCAAAUUGAUAAUAAUGCAUUUAUUGAUGGGCAUUAUGAUUUUCCUGUAAUACUAGUAAAACAAAAAAAAAAUAUUGAAGAAGUUUAUUUUGAUACUAGUUUCUUAAAACCAUUGUCAAAUGUAAUACAUGAUCUGAGACAGCUAGAUUCAGCUAUUAUUUUAAAGUUCACAUUAGAUAUAACCUAUCACUUAACACCAGUUAUCUUGGAUCUAGAAAUAACAUUAUUUACUUUUGAAAUAUUUAUUGAAGAUCGUUAUUGUUAUUAUAUGCUAGAAAUAUUAAAAAACUUUAAAUCAACAAUAACCACAUCAAAAGAAAAUAAUCUAACUCUAGAUGAAUUCAUUCCACUUCAUUAUUUAGUGAUGGCACAUUCCCAAGAAUUUCGUAAUCCUUUAGUAUUUAGAAUAUUUACUAUAAAAUCAUUUAAAGUUAUGAUAAGUUUGCAUACAUCAACAACGUUUUAUGUGGCCCUCGACCGUUCUCCUUUAGAUUUUACAGAAUUUACAAAAAAAAAUUUAAUUACUUCAUCUUAUCAACUCGGUCGAAGUUUAUCAUUACAUUACUUUUUAAAUGCAAUAUAUGGUACAGGAUGGGCAUUGGGUUCUUUAGAAUUUUGGGGUUCUCCUGGUGGAUUAGCCAGGUCUGUCGGAACUGGUUUAUAUGAUUUUGUAACUUUAUCUGCUCAAGGAAUGACUGAAGGACCAAAAGAAUUUUUUGUUGGUGUUUUGAGUGGAUCUGCAUCGUUAGUUAAACAUGUUACAACAGGAGCAUUAUCAUCGGUGACAAAAUUUGCAUCUAGUUGGUCUAGAACAUUCAACCGUUUAACUCUUGAAGCAGAAGAUUUAGAGCAAAUUGAAGAAAUUAGACGUUUACGACCACAAAAUUUUUCUCAAGGAAUCAUACAAGGUCUUAGUGAAUUCGGAAUUAGUCUAUUAGGAGCAGUUGGUGGAUUAGUCAAUCAUCCAAUUCAGUAUGCCAUUCAAGAUGGUCCAGAAAGAAGAAGAGGAUUUGUUAACACUGUAGCUAUAGGUUUUGUUGAAGCAAUUACAAAACCUAUCAGUGGAGCUGCUGAACUGGUAGCCAUGACUGGGGAAGGAUUUUUAGCUGGUGUUGGAUGGAUUAAAAGUCCACAAUUACGUUCCAGUCUUAAUUGUAAUGAAAUUAGAUUUGGUGCAUCUGAACUCAGAUAUUCUUGGUUAAUAUUACACAAACAUUUAAGUUCAAUUGAACGAGUUCUAUUAACUUGUGAUGCAACUAUGGAUAAUUUUGAAUUAGAACAAAAAUUGUCAGAAUUAACAUUGGUAUUAACUGAUAGAUUUUUAUAUUUAAUCAAAGAUCCAAAUUUAAUGUUACCAAAUGUUCUACGCUUACCAAUAACUCAAAUUGUUACUCCCAGUCAACAACAUCAUGAUCCUUCUUUAAUUACAAUAACUAUUCGUAUGUCAGCUCAGAACGAUACUACAUAUGAUCGAGUAGCUGAUUAUGUACGUAAAUCACAAAGUUUUUUAAACAUGGAAUCAAAAACCUUAUCAGAUAAUCAAGAUCAAACACAUAGAUUGCUGGUUAGUCCACAAAUAAGAAAUUACAUAUUAAAUUUAAUUGAAUUCCUUAAACGACAUAUUCAGAAUAAAGGGUAUGCAGUGAUAUAAAUAAUUGCCAAAAGUGUACUCAUAAAUGUCUUGUGCAAUAUAAAUUUUAAAAUACCUGUGAUAAUUUAAUCAGUAUAAUUUUAUAUUUGUCUAUUAAUUAUGAAUA